CGCGACACUCUGUUAUUUGUGUAUUAAUAAAAAAAAAGUAAAUAAAUAUUAAACUUCAUCAUCAUGGCUGACAAAGUUGCAUCACCAGUACCAGAAGUUGCUGCUCCAGCAAAAGCCGAAGCAGUGAAGAAAGCUUCUGCAAAAGUAUCAAAGGCCAAGUCACCAAAGGCACCAAAAGCUCCAAAGGCACCAAAGGCUCAUCCAAGUACUUCUGACAUGGUUCAAACUGCUGUCAAGGCUCUUGCUGAACGUAAUGGAUCAUCACUUCAAGCUAUCAAGAAGUACAUGGCUGCCAAUUACAAACUUGACACCGAGAAACACGCACAGUUCAUCAAGAAGUAUCUUAAAUCAGCUGUUAUAUCUGGUGAUCUCGUACAAACCAAGGGCAAAGGUGCAUCUGGUUCAUUCAAACUUGCUCCAGCCAAAAAACCAGUUAAAGCUGAAGCUAAACCAAAAGUUGUCAAGAAACCAGCAUCACCUAAGAAGGCAACAGUUGGCAAGAAACCAGCAGCAGCUAAAAAAACUGAAACAGCCAAGGCUAUUGCCAAGAAGGUCACUUCACCAAAGAAGCCAGUUGCUGCUAAAAAACCAGCUGCUGAGAAAAAACCAGUUGCUGCUAAAGUUGUCAAGCCAAAGGUAUCUAAAAGUCCAAAAGCCAAGAAGGCAACAAAAGCACCAACUGCCAAGCCAAAAUCACCAAAACCAAAAAAAGCUGUACCAGCUAAAUUAGCAACAAAGGCAUCACCAAAAAAGGCACCAGCAAAAAAAUAAAUUUGCACUUCAACAUCAAUGGACAAAGAAAAAAAAACAUAAAAAUAAAAUCGGCCCUUUUCAGGGCCAACAAAUUUUAUCUAAACGUUUGACAA